CUUUGAAAAAAAGAAACCCGCAACGUCCUGCGACAAUUCCAACGGAUAUUUACGUUUCUCGUUCUUCAAAUUUUAAAGGACAAUUACAGCGGGCAAAAAAGCUCUUAAUGAAAGAUGGCCAUCCUUUAAUAACAAUUCAUGGCUUAGGAGCUGCGAUUCAAAAAUCAAUUAAUCUAGUGUUAGCUUUGAAAGACUUAACUCAUAACCAAAUUAUUUACAAGGCUACCACCGAUACAGUUGAACUAAUUGAUGAUAUUAUUCCUGAAGACGAUGAUAGGGACUUGGAGGUUCAAACUAGAAACAACUCUAGUAUACAUAUCCAAGUAUGGCUUAAGGAGGGUAUCGAAAAAUUUGUGGUAAACAAAAAUGAUAGUUCUUAUAGUACAGUCACCUCUCUUUAA